GGCCGAAGUGACUGGCAGGGUUGCCUACAGCGCCCGGCUGGCCUAACCCGGCAUUACACAGAAGAGGAGCAGCUGAGCAAUAAAUGCAGAGAAGUAUGCAGCUGCGGGACGGGCUGGGCGUGAGAGUGCGUGUGUUUGAGCCUAAGGACACAACAGAGAAGGGGGCGGGGUUACAGGAAUGGAAUGAACGGCUUGGCCCCGGGGACUUUGAGGGACUCCAGGUCCCAUACACACAAAGGGAAGGUCUCAUUGCAGCUGAGGGCAGGCGUAUAGAGGAAUUGCUCGCACAUUUACUAACCUGCUCGUGGAGUUCUUAUAUGUAUAUGGGAACUGGAGCCGCGGACUGAACUCUCUGUAUGGACUGACACUUGUGUAUGUGGUGCUGAGCUCUUAGUGUCGUUUCAGGAAGAUCUGGGACUUCAUUACACCCCUCUCCCCCGCGUAACAGGUGCACCCCUGGCUUUUAUCCACUGCCAUAAGCCGCAUAGGGAAUAGAAGCGAUAUUUUCAUUCCGUUUCUGGGAGACUUUCUUUGAGCCGACUGAUUACAGGUCCGACCCGCAGUCAGUCUCAUUAGGGGGUGGCGUCAGUCAGUGUUAGUUUUGGCUUCAGCUGGAGGCGCACUCAGACUCCCCUUCUCCUGCCAUUGCUCAGACGGACUCCCCCGGCAGCGCCGGUUCACAUGGGCUCUUCUGAGGAACUGGCGCGACUUCACAGUUUGUUCUCCGCGUGUGAUGUGAAGGGCUCGGGGCUGGUGGAGCUGGAGGACUUCGCCUCGGUGUGUAAUGAUCUGGGGGUGGAACCCGGCCUGCUCCGGCCGCUCUUUGGGAUGCUGGAUGUGGAUGGGGACGGGAUCAUUGAUUUCCAAGACUUCGCAGCCGGAUUCGAGGAGGUCUCCCAAACCCUCAACCUGCAGCCCGUCCAGCAACCCGAGCCGACCCCUGCCUGGGAGGAGUUGGAGGGGAGGCUGGGGGGAGAGUUGCAGCACCUGAGCAGUCCAACAAAAGAGUGGUUGUAUGGAUUUUACCAAGAUCUUCAGGGGGUAUCUGCACCGGGACUCGUUCAGCAGUAUGAGAGACUGGUUGAGAAUGUGUCCUAUGAUUUCCGGGCUCAGAGGCUCAACAUUGAAAAGUUGGAAUCUGUCCUUAAAAGGACUGAAGGGACAACAGCCAAGCAGAUUACAGAAAUGGAAGAGGAUUUACAGCUUCACUUAACCAAGAUGGAGAGAAAGAUACGAGAGGGGGAGAAGCUGAGGCUGAACACUGCUGUUCAGGAACUACGAAGGAAGCAAGAGAUGGAAACCCUCAGCCUACAGACAAAGAUCGAUCAGAUGACUAAGCAAAAAGAUGAACAACUGGGAAUGGAAUCCAAGGAAGAAAGUGCUAAGCUGAAAAACCAGAUCUUUGACCUUUCACAGGAAAAUGAGCAGCUGAAGAUGAACCUGCUGAGAGCACAAACAGACUUCUCUUUGCUGCAGACAGAAGUGGACAGACUGAAGGACUACAUGGCUGAUGAACAAAUGAACUAUAACAGAGAGAAUGAAAUGCUGAAGAGUAUGGUAGAGGAAAGAAGAACAUUUACAAACCAAAUUCAAGUACUAAAUGAAGCCAACAGAUCUCUGUAUGACAACAAUGACAGCAUGCGCUCCGCUCUCACAAAUCUGGAAAAUGAAAGGAAGCGGCAUUCAUCCCCCAGUCAUCUCAGCGAGCCCUCUGUGAUCACCUACAGUAGUUUCACAGCAGAUGAAGAGCCUGACAAAAAAUUCUCUGAUGUAGCCACUUGGGCUGACAGAUGUAUAGAUAGUGGGGUAUCCCUGUCACGCAGCGUGGGCUACAGUGACGUGGACAGUGAGUUUGGAAGUGAGCACAGCAAUAGCUCAGAGGAACCCUGGAAUGGAAGCAUCCAUAAUGCAAACUCAGAAAUCGAGUCAGAAGUAGAUGGAAAACUGAAAUGGAGCCCGUCUCGCCCUCUAAACCGCGCUGACUCCUCCGCUUCAUCUAAGAGAAAGCUCCCUGCCUUUACACCCAGGAAACAAGGGGCACCAGCAGAAGAGGUUUCCGAGAUGUCCAGCCCAAUAUACAGACUUGUGCUUGCUGGUGACGCUGGUGCUGGGAAAUCCAGUUUUCUUCUCAGGCUGUGCCUGAACGAGUUCCGGGGAGACAUUCCUACAACAUUAGGUGUUGAUUUUCAGAUGAAGAAGCUCAUGGUUGAUGGAGACCACACAACAUUACAGAUCUGGGACACAGCUGGCCAGGAGAGUCUUGUAUUUACCACAAGGUUCCGCAGUAUAGCCAAGUCCUAUUUCCGCAAGGCGCAUGGUGUUCUGCUGAUGUAUGAUGUCACCUCUGAGAGGAGCUUCCUUAAUGUGCGACAGUGGAUAGACGAGAUCAAGAACACUUCUGAUAAACCCAUUCCCAUGAUGCUUAUUGGCAACAAAACAGACAUAAGGACGGACAUGAAUGGCAUUCAGACAUCAAUGGGAGAAAAGUUGGCCAUGGCUUACGGCUCCCUCUUCUGUGAAACGAGUGCAAAAGACGGCACCAAUGUAGUAGAAGCUGUUCUGCACCUUGCUAGAGAAGUGAAGAAAUGUACAGACUUGGAAGUAGAAAACAAGGAGCCGGUGACGUUACUUCGUAUUCAGGACAAGAAGGACAAUUGCUGCAAGAUGUAACUUCAUCUAUAAACGGAGACACAUUGGCCCAAGUCAGUGCUUUUAAUAUGGAGGAUAGCGCUACGUCUGCACCAGAUUUCACUUUUGAGAAAAGCACAUGGAAAUUGAAGAUUGAGAUCCUUGGGCUAAACCAAGAAAAAUGGUUGCACGGGAGCACAAAGAAUUUUUUAUUUAGUAUAAACUUAAUUUACAAAAAUCAGCUCAGCUAAAUCAAACUUGUUUGCAACUAUUCACCAUCAAUAAGUAAAAAAUUGGCUUUGGCUAAGCAGUUUCUCCCAGCACCAUACACCAAACCCUCUCGGAGUGCUUCCUCUGUCCAUAAAUCCCACCCAAAAACCCAACCCUGGCAAAGUCUUUCCCUUUGUCCAUGAAAGGCGGUUUCCUCCCUCAUUCCUCACCCACCACCUUCACAAACCCGGCCACAAAAUCCGACUUUCUAUUAGUGGCACCACCCUUCCCACAUACACUCCCUCAACCCAGGACACACAUAAUGCUUAGCCAAAGAGCUUGCAGAACUUGUCCGCUGAAAAGCAUGAGCUGGUGGUGUUACUGUGUCUGUUUUUUCCUCCCUCUGGGCACUUUUGCCAGGACACAUCUUAGAGGGUAGAAAGAAAAAAGGGGGAGACAUCACAAGCAUUGGCAACAUAAAAUCAUUAGUAUAAAUCACAGAUUCACACCUCUACAUUUGGAUGCAUUCAGGCAGCUUUGCUUAACCUCUCCCUCAGGAAACCCAAAUCAGCCACCACCAACCAACAUCCUCAAGGCUAAUGGACCUUCUGCAGCGGAACUGCCAUAGGUGGUACCUCAUCACCGAUAUUAUUGUAUACAUUGCCCCUCUAUCCAGAGGGUGUGGGACAGACAAAACACCAUAUGCCACAUUGACAUAGGACAGUUGCUUGAUGUGGAGCACUUUGAGAGCCUCUGCCAGCCGAUAUCGUACAACUUUCGUCAUAGGACAAUCCACAAGAAAAUGUUCCAGGGUCUCAUUAGUGGAACAGCCCCACGGGCACUCCCUGUCGGUUAUGUUCAAAAAGCUCACAUUGCCUCGGACGAAAAGUCUUCCCUGAAGAGCAAGCCAGUUCAGAUCAAAAUACUUUGGGGGCACCCUUCUCUUACAAAGCAUUUAGGUGACGUACCAAAGUUAACUUUGUUUUUCCCUCUUGUGAUUGGAUCUUUUCACUGCCUGCAGUUAUGGAUAAAGUCCACAGAACUUGAAUAUUUUAAGAAGCUACCAAAGAUAAUUUAACAUUAUGUAAAUCCAUGUAUAUAUUUUUAUUUUAUUUUUUAGCAUGGCAAAACUUACAGGAUAUCACUCCUCUAUGAGGCAUUUAAUACACCUAUAUAAGUAUUUACAGGGGGUUUACGUGCCCCAUCGGGAUGUUUACCUUGAAUGUAUUUCUGCGCAUUUUAAUGAACUGUCUAAAAAUGGGGGGGUUAACUGUAUCAGAGGAUUUUUAAGAAAAACUGUUAAUAAAUAUUUUAUAUGUUUAAAAAUA